GGAAAAACUGAGAUAAUUGCUUCAAGGUUUCCGUUUUAUAAGUAUAUACUAUUGUUUUACAUCCAGGAAGUUUAAAUGGGGAAAACUUACAAUGUAGACACUCGUGUGACACUUGAAAAUCACAUCACAGGAUUUCAGAAACUGCACUAGCGGGAGUAAUUAAAUUUAGUGAAGAAAACUAAGUUGUUGGGGGUUUUUUUGUCAAUUAAACGAAACAAAAAAAUGAGUGAUACAGAGCAGGAAAUGAAAACGGAGGAAAAUGGGGGAAAUGAGCAAAACGGUGAAGAAAAUGUAGAUAAUAGUGCACAGAAUCUGGAAAAUAAAGGAGAAAAUGUAGACAAUAGUGCACAGAAUGUCGAAAACAAAGGAGAAAAUGUCGACAGUAGUGCACAGAAUGUGGAAAACAAAGGAGAAAAUGAAGGAAAUGGUGAUAAUGAGGAAGUUCGUGCAUUUAGUCUGCCGGACAAAGCCCCAAAGAAUUAUGGGAUAAAGGCAAAUCGGGAAGAAGAAGCGCUGCAGGAAAUUAAUAAGGAGUUACUUGAUGAUCCAGAUUACGCCGAGGUAGAAGAUCUCGCAGACCAUUUAGAGACGUUUAAGAAAAAGUUCCUCGAGUUUGAAAAAGAUGCGGAAGGAAAUAUUGAUAUGUUUGGUUUAUCCCGCAUGCUGGAGAAGGUCGGACAACCGAAGACACAUUUAGAGAUGAAGAAAAUGAUUCGAGAGAUAGACAGCACAAACAAGGGGACAAUCUGUUAUAGAGAUUUUAUCGCCAUGAUGUUAGGACCCAAAAGUUCAGUACUGAAAUUGAUAUUGUUAUUUGAAGAAAAGAUGAAGGAAAAGGAAAAGCCGACAGGGGUCGCUCCAAAGAGAGAUCUGGCGAGCUUGCCAUGAAAAUUGACAAUGUUUGAAGAAUAGAUAGUUUGGGACCAAACGAGACUAAUAUAUGUGCAGUUGAUACUUCUGUUGAUGAUUAUGGAGAGUGAAAGUGUGGCGAUUUGUCCAACAUAAUGUCUUAUGUAGAUCUACAUUCAGUUAUAAUGAAAUGAUAUUUUUUACAGUUCAGUAUUACUGGACUCUUAAUAAAUGUAUGCAAUUAUUGUU